UUUCAUAUGUGGAAGUAACAUUGACGUUACCUUAGUGGUGCUUUGUAAAAGUGGCACUUAAAUUUUUAUAAAGUUAUAAAUUUAAAAAAUCUUAAAAGAAUUCAUAUAAAAGUUUUGCUCAAAAAUGGCUCACAAUAUGAAUUCAAAUGGAGCUUACUCUGGAGAUGAGCGUGGGGAAUCACCUAAAUCUUUGGAUGAUCAUCAAAUAGAUGCAGAUCUUAAUAACAAGCCAAUUUAUCUUUUGGAACAUUUGGCCACAUUCACUGUUGAUAAGGAGUCUGGGAUUCUUUAUCCAGCAGACGGAAUGAGAAAAUUGUUGCUUUUAGAGAAAACAACAGGCAUUUGGUCCCAAAAAAUGCAACUUUGCCUUGAUAGACAAUGGGUGCUGAUUGUUGAUUAUGAGACUGGAAACAUCAUUGAACGUUUUCCAGCUACAUUAAUACAAGAACCCACUGCUUUCACCAGCAGCGACCCAAUUGAGAUGUACAACAAUAUUCUGGUUUUCAUUGUUGGAGGUGACCCCAGCGCUAGAUCGGAAAUGCACAUUUUUCAAUGUCAAAGUAUUUCUGCAAUACACCUUGUUGAGGAUUUGAAGCUUCUUCGUAAUGGAAAACUUAUUCCUAAAUAUCGAGAGCCUAUUCCAGUAUCAAAGCCAUUGCAAAGUGGUUCUCACAAUUCUCCAAAAAUGUCAAUGAUGAGGUCAGAACGUGUUGUGGAUGAAACAGACUCUGAAUUAGGUGGCAUAAAUGAUGAAACAUCUUCAACAUCGAGUGAAAAAUAUGAACGUGAUGUCACUGUUCUAAAUCAUUGUUUUGACGACAUUGAGAAAUUCAUUGCUAGAUUACAACAUGCAGCAGCAGCAAGUCGUGAAUUGGAACGUCGACGACGAAACCGACGAUCCAAGAAAAAGGAUCCGGGAGAGGGACUUUUGACUUUGAGAACAAGACCUCCUCAUGAGAAAGAGUUUAUUGAUAUUUUUGCAAAGUUUAAAUUAUCAUUUAAUUUACUUGCAAAAUUAAAAUCACACAUCCAUGAUCCAAAUGCGCCAGAAUUGGUCCACUUUUUGUUCACACCUUUAGCUCUAAUUGUUGACGCUUCUCAUGACACUUGCUAUGAUCCAAAUCUUCCGGCAAGAGUUGUCGAACCUCUUCCUACUCGGGACGCAAUAAACUUGCUUAACAACUGUGUCACUAGCAAAGAGAUGGAGCUCUUGAGAUCACUAGGAGAUGCUUGGACAAUUCCAAGAGAUAAGUGGAAAGGUCAUUCACAAACUUCUUAUCAUCCAAUAUUUUUUGACGGAUGGUCUCCUGAUUAUCCAGUAGGAGAAGAUGCAGACUUUUCAAAAGGGCGAUACACAGAUUUUGAUGAGUUCGGAGAUUCACCAGCUAUCACAACAACAGGAAUUAUGAAUGUUCCACAGCCUCAUUCUCCAGUGAUUCGAGAUUUUUCAACUCGAAGUGAAAUUUCAGUCGAUUCAAUUGAAAGAAAUGGACGAGCAUCUGCUAUAAUGGUUCCAGAAAGGCAUUCUUCAGCAUCAGGUCUUGAUCCUGCAACCGAAGCGUGGCUAGAAGAGUUACAAGCAAGAGAAGCGAAAAUUGUUCAAGUUACUUAUCCUCGAACUGCAAAUAAUGAUAAAGAAUUAACCGUAGUUCGAGGUGAAUAUUUGGAAAUACUGGAUGACUCAAGGAAAUGGUGGAGAGCAAGAAAUAUAAGAGGAAAAGUUGCUCACGUACCACAUACAAUUGUGACAGCCCCUCCAUUUUCAGAGAUCAAUGAAAAAGAAGGAACAUAUGCAGGGCCUCAUUCAGCAAGUAGUUAUAAUAAAACUAAGCCACCAUUGCCGCCUCAAACUCAGUCAGAAAAUUUCGCGCAAAAAAGGACCAAUUACGUUUCAUCUCGUCAAACUUCGGCACAAGAUAAUAAUCAUGUUGAUAAUAUGCACGAAGAGUUAAAGAAUGUUUUAACUCUUUUUCGGGAGAGACGUCAUAACUUAGAUAUAAUGAAAACACCAGAAAUUUACAUUCAGCAAACGUCUAACCCACAAGAAGUUGAAAAUUGGCUCAAGGCAAAAGGAUUCAGUGAAAAUACAGUAAAGAGAUUAAAUGGUUUAACCGGGAAUGACUUGUUUGCUCUAAAUCGGCAAACAUUGGAAGAAUAUUGUGGAAUCGAAGAGGGAAAACGACUAGCAUCACAAAUUACCAUUCAAAGAAACGUGUCUGGGUAUAAAACGGCGAGAUCAUCCGAGCUUUUGGCAAUUUUAGCAAAAGUUCGUCAGAAAAAUGCGAAACGUCUAGCAAAUCGAUUAAAAGAGAAGGAGUCUCUCGCUGAUAUUCUUUUGUGUGACACAGAAAAAGUAAAUCUUGAACUAGAUACAAUGCGUCAAUUUCAAGACGAUCUAAAUGCACUUAAUUUGUUUGCAAGAGACCGUAGCAAUAAAGACAUGAUUCAAACGAUUCACCAAGAAAAUCCACAAAUACGAGAAAUUCAACAAGAAAAUCGUCAACUCAAAGCUUCCAUUGAAGAACACCAGAGAGCAAUUGAAUUAAUCAUGACUAAAUAUCGGCAACAUACACAGCAACAGAUUAAAGAGACUCAUCUUGACUUUGAAAAAUUAAUUUCUACCAACGAAAACAAAAAUUGCACAAGUAUCAUCAGUUGUCAAGCUAAGAAACUUCAAGAAGCAGUAAUAGUUAUCCAAAGUGCAAUGCAAUUAGGAGAUAGCGAUUCAGAUCAAUAUCUUGAGCAUUUAUCGCAGCUUCAAACUGAAAACAGAGGUCUUCGAAAACUCCUUGGUAUAACUAGGGCAUACAAAUAUAAAUCGGAACGGUUCAAAUCGGUUUUUAUUUACACAUCUCAUCAAAAUUAUAAACAAAGUUUGUACGAGCAUAAAAUAUACCAAAUGGUUGAAGAAAAAGAAACAAUAAAGAAAAUUAAAGCGACAAGACCAAAAGCUGUAUAUUAUUGGUCUAAAGUAGAUAUUAUUAAAUGGUUCAACAGACAUUGCAGUGAAUAUUCCAAAUAUUCUCAUUUAUUCCAACAACACGAUAUAACAGGAAAGACAUUGCUACGUCUGAAUGACAACAGUUUAAAAAGGAUGGGGAUUAUAAAUAGUAUUGAUCGAGAUGCAAUUUUAAAAGAAAUCCUCAAGCAAAGACUCAAAACAGAUAUCAUGGAAAUCAAAGAUCUAGAGCAUCAAAACAACGUUUAUGAAAAUUGUUUUUAAUUAUAACUUAUUCUAACAUUUCUUUGUGUACAUAAAAUGAAAGAUAACAUUUGAAAAA